CUGCUUUUGCUAACUGAUUAUAAUAUUCAGCUUUUUUCUUCCUCUUUACAAAUCAAUCCAUCAAAGUACCCAUUACACAAUUAAAAGUUAAACAUCACCGUCUUGGACUUGGGAGUUGGGAUCCUUUUGAAUUUAUUCCAAAAAAAAAAAAAAAAUUAAACAAAGAAGUUGUGGACUAUUUUUUUUUUUUGAAUAAAAGUUGUGGACUAGCGGUACCCAAAUUCUACAGCAGCACUCGCCUUUUCCUCCCUCUUUGUGAGAAGCAGGAUCCCCAAUUUUUAUCCCCAUAGGACGCUUAACUGUUCCCGUCUGCGAACAUCUUGCUCCGAGUGUCAGAUUUCUCGCAUCUAUUGCCAGCUCCUUCGUCAAUUUCACGACCUGAUACGGGAUUGCGCUAUUGCCUAAGCUCUUGUUCUUCGUUUGCUUUCCUUGGUUCUCUUAUUGAAGUUGGGAGAAGAACUAAGGGGCUCUGGCUCGAUCCUGCUCGCCUCGCCUCCACAUGUACGUCUUCCCGAGUUCUCGAGCUGUUCCCCUCUAUAUGUGAUGUCUGACUGCAAUGCUCUGUUUAAAUUAAGCAACUACUUGGUCUUUGCAAGGCUUGAACAUUGGACGUUAGUGUUAAAACGUUGAAUUUUAACAGUAUAAAAGUAGUGUUUUGAUUGACUGGUAUUGCUUAGUACAUUGAUUAUUUUUCAUAUUGUGAAAUGGGUAAUAUGGCAAACGCUUUGGAUUUUCAUCAUACAAUGAAUUUUGCUGUACCUUUCUAUGGUUGUCGAGACAGUUAGUUUUAUUUGUGGAGUGAACAUUUUGACCUGAAUUUGCAAUCUGUCGUUGUUUUUCUUUUUCAUUUGGAAGGUUUUCAAGAUGGAUAAAAGUUGGAUGAAUAAGCACAGGGCUAGUGAUGAAUAUAGAACUGGUUUGAACAAUUUUCUUGCAUUUGCAUUUGGUUCACCCUGUGCUCAAGAUGGCAAAAUUUUGUGCCCUUGCAAAAAUUGCUGGAACCGUUCUUGGAAGUCUCACGGUGAUGUAUAUGGUCACUUAGUAUGUGUUGGAUUUCUACCGAAUUACACCCACUGGAUUUUACAUGGGGAGAGUUCAUUUCAUACUUCAUCUGCAGAGGAUACUAUAUGCCAAGAUCAUAUAGAUACAAAUACUAGUAUGCAUGACUUGUUGAAUGAUAUGUUCAUCGGUGUCCAACCAGAGGUAACAGAAGAACCGAAUGAUGAUGCUCUUAAAUUUUUUAAGUUAGUAGAAGCAAAUCAAACCGAACUUUAUCCUGGGUGCACAAGUCAUUCAAAACUUUAUUUUAUCAUCAAGUUAUUUCACUUGAAAUGUCUUGGAAAUUGGUCCAUCAAAUCAUUCAGCAUGCUGUUAGAGUUAUUGAAAGAAGUAUUGCCAAAGGGAGAAACUUUACCUGAAUCUUACUAUGAGGUGCAGAAGCUCAUAUCAGAUUUAGGCCUGAGCUAUGAAGUUAUCGAGGCUUGUCGUAAUGAUUGCAUGUUGUUUUGGAAGGAGCAUGAAAAGGAGUCGAAAUGUCUUGUUUGUGGAGAUGAUAAAUGGAAAAACAAACAGAGUGAUGAUGUCGGAUCCUCAAAGAAGAAGAAAAAAAAACAUUCCUUAUAAGAAACUUUGGUACUUUCCGAUAGGAAAGAGACUACAGAGGUUGUUUAUGUCCUCAGAAACAGCUUCUUUUAUGCGUUGGCACAAAGAAGGUCAUACAAAUGAUGGAAAUUUAAGGCAUCCGGUGGAUUCCCCUGCAUGGAAAACUUUUGACUUUCUACAUAAGAAAUUUUCUUCUGAUCCUCGCAAUGUUAGAUUGGGUUUAGCUGCGGAUGGUUUUAAUCCUUUCAGAUCAAUGAAUAAUUCACACAGCACAUGGCCAGUUGUAUUAGUACCUUAUAACUUGCCCCCUUGGUUAUACAUGAAGCAACCAUACAUGUUUCUAUCAUUACUCAUUCCUGGACCUUCAUCUCUAGGAAAUGACAUUGAUAUAUAUUUGUAGCCUUUGAUAGUAGAGCUACAAAAUUUGUGGAAUGAGGGUAUAGAAACUUAUGAUGCAUCAUUGAAGCAAAAUUUUAGGAUGAAAACAUCAUUGUUGUGGACUAUCAGUGAUUUCCCAGGUUAUGCAAUGUUAUCAGGUUGGAGCACCAAGGGCCAUCUGACAUGUCCUUGUCAUAAGUACAGUCACUCUCAAUGGUUGAAGCAUUGUCAUAAGUUUUGUUACUUGGGCCACCAAAGAUUUUUGUAGGUUGGGCAUGAGUUUCGAAGACAUAAGAAAGCCUUUGACAAUAAUCAAGAGUUCAGACCUGCCCCGCGACCUAUGUUUGGAUCAGAGGUCUUACUUGAGCUACAGGGGAAACAAGUUAAGUUUGGAAAGCUCAGUAAUAGUGAUCCCUUACCCCAUGGCUGGAAGAAAUGCAGUAUAUUCUUUAACCUACCAUAUUGGAAGGACAACUUGUUGAGAUAUAACUUGGAUGUAAUGCAUAUUGAAAAGAAUGUUUGUGACAACAUUCUUUGGACAAUAUUGAAUGUGAGUGGGAAGUCAAAGGAUAGUGUCAAAUCUCGUUUGGACAUGGCACUGAUGAAGAUAAGGCAUGGAUUACACCCCAAAAGACAUGUUUCUGGUAAGCUAAAGAUACCUAUUGCAGCUUUCUCACUCAAUACUAAAGAAAAGAAGACCUUCGGCAAAGUAUUAAAGAGUGUUAAAGUUCCUGAUGGUUAUGCUGCUAACAUAUCUAGAUGUGUGAACUUGAAGAAUAAGAGCAUCUUAGGUCUGAAGAGUCAUGAUAGUCAUAUUCUGAUGCAACAACUUCUUCCUUUGGCAAUAAGAAGACUACUGCUAGAGCAAUUAGCAAGCCGGUGAUACAGUUAUGCUUUGUCUUUAAGGAAUUAUGUUCAAAGGUUGGCCGUGUAGAGAAUUUGAAUAAAUUAGAUGAUGAAAUUGCUAUAACAUUGUGUCACUUAGAAAGGAUCUUUCCUCCGUCAUUUUUUGACAUUAUGAUUCACUUGACUGUUCAUUUGGUGAGUGAGGCAAAGUUAGGUGGACCAGUACAAGCACGAUGGAUGUAUCCAAUUGAGCGGUAUGUUUUAUUUUUAGUGAUUAUUCUUAUUGAUUUUGUUACAGAAAGUAAUAUGUGUUCAUAUUUAUUUUGUUUGGUGUGAAUAAAUUCAUGUAGGUUCUAAUCUACAUUAAAGUCAUAUGUUGGAAAUAAAGCUCAUCCAGAAGGUUCUAUUGCAAAUGGCCAUCUUGCUGUAGAGUGUUUAACAUUUUGCUCAAGAUACUUACAUGGUGUCGAGACACGAUAUAAUCGUCCUUCUAGAAACGAUGAUAUCUUUACCCCUGAGAAUGAAACACAAGACGAAGAAGUAUCAACUAUCUUUCCAAGGAUAGGUCGAUCAUUUGGACAUGAGGAAGUUGUCUCUCUCAAUACUGACACCUUGGCCAAGGCACAUCACUAUGUGCUUUCUAAUUGCAGUGACGUAGAUCCUUUCAUUGAGUAAGACUCACCUAUCAUUUUGCUUAUCUACCUGUACUUUAGGUAAACAUUGUUUAAUUUUUUUAAUGUUGGAUAGGCAACACCUGGCUUUGUUAAAAAGUCAAUAUCCACGCAAAUCACCUCAUGCUAUUCUAGUACUCCAAUUUUAUAUCUACCAUAGGUCAUUAAUGCAUAAAAUAUAAUCUUAUAGUUUUAACUCCACUACUAACAUACAGAUAUAUGAAGGAAGCCUAAACAUAUCUCAACAAAAUUUAACGAUACAGAAACGUUUGGCUCAGUUACCAAACAAUGUGGCAAAAAAGUUUCAGGGGUUUAUCGUUAAUGGUUUAAGGUUUCAUACCAGUACGAUGGAGCAAAAAAGGAAGACACAGAACAGCGGUGUGAUGAUAAUCGCAAACACUCAAAGUUUUGCUAGUGCCCGAGACAGAAAUCCAAUCUAUAGCGAGAUAAGCUAUUAUGGGGUUAUUGAUGAGAUGCUGGAAUUGGAUUACAAUUAUGGUAAUAAAGUGGUACUUUUCAAAUGUGAUUGGGUAUCAAAUGGUAGAGUUCUGAAGCGUGAUGAUUUGGGUUUCACAUUAGUUAAUUUUUUCACAAAGGUUGAGUGAUAAGGAGCCAUUCAUUAUGGCUUCCCAAUCCUAGCAAGUGUUUUACGUAAGAGAUCCCAUUGACACAGAUUGGCAAGUUGUUAUCAAAACCAUACCAAGAGAUCUAUAUGAUAUGGGUGAAAAGGAUGUCGUUGAUGCUGAUACUAUUGUGCCGACUGAUGGUGAUGUGCUUUCUAGGGACAUUGCAGAUGAUGAUCAUGUUGAUUGGACUAGGACUGAUAGAAACGAGGAAUUGGUUGAUGCUCCAGCUGAGAUAUUGGUUGAUGCAGAAUAGGAGGAAGACAACGAAGAAGAGAACACUAUAUAGAUGGAUGUCAUUGCAAAUUUGGUUUGCAGUUGAAGAUUCGAAUUGUCUUACUGCAGCAUGUGGAUAGUUUAUUCCCUUAUUUUUGCAGUUGCAUGACAUGGCUCCUGAGCACUGUUUUUAUUUUUCCCGUUUCCCAUUUUUCUUCUUGUGCUUCCUUCUUGUUAUUUCUUCUGUUGCCCCCACCAACUACUGCCUACCAUUUGCUGUGCAAUGAAACCUUUUGAUACGUUGUAAAGUUUUUGCAUUAUUAGCAAUAAAGUUUCACUUUUUCA